GGGGGGGGUGGAAGAUUAUAAAUGAGGCGAUGGUGGAAGACUAAAGUUUUAUUUCUAACGGUCUGUGUGCACGCAGGUUUACAGCUCUUCGACAUCUUGUCAAUCAACAUGAACCGAAUUCUUGUCCAGAUUUUCGCCUUGGGAGUCUGCUUUGCACUCGGCCAGGCUCUGGAGUGCUACGAAUGUAAAAUUGGCUUCUGGAACCUGUGCGUCACCAAGAAGGUCACUUGUCAGGCAGGGGAGCAUUGCUUCAGGGGAAGCGGCAAAGCAGCUGGCUUUGUGACUGUCUCCAUGAAGGGAUGCCUUGUGAAGGAUGAGUGUAAUAAAACCAGUGAUGUGAAUUUCCCCUCCAACACCAACACCACCAUCUACAAGAUGACCAAGACUUGUUGCAACAGCAACCUGUGCAACUCCGCACCAAGAAUCUCCAAUGGGCCGCUGGUCCUUGCCACCAUCAGCGCUCUGCUUAUGGCCAACAUGCUGGUGUAAAGAGUCUCAUAUUAUCCAUAAACCCAAGAGGACUUUUUUUUUUUUUUUUUAUCGUAUUGACGGUUUCCAAAGCAUUACAAUGGCUCUAGCUGAUUUCGUGUCUCCAUUGCUUCAGUCCUCCUUUCAUCCAUCUAAAGAUUUAGCUUUCAUUUUUUUUGUAUUGGUAAAAAUGCUCAGCAUGUAACUAUAUGGGAAAGUUGUAAAAGGUUGACAUUGAUUGCAAGAAUCUGCCAGAAUGAGAUGUUGACUUAAGAUUAACCAAAAGUGGACACAUUUAUUUUGAGUCCACUUGUGUAUUUGAUGAUUAUCAGAAAUGGCUUAUGUAAGAUCGUAUCAUUUCAAAGAUGCAAAUAAAGUUUUUUAAAUUGGAAA